AUGGAUUAAUCUUCAUCAAUUCUGAGUAUUAAGAGAGAGAAAUUUAGAACCGUGAUCAGAAAAGAGUUCAUUGAAUAACAACUCAAAAAAAAGAGAAUCAUUAUACCUGAAUAGGAAGAUCACGAUUUGAAUGAUAAACUCAAAAUUAUUAAAAAAUAGAUGAUAGCCAUUCAUGAAAAUAUUGAAAACGAUUUUAAAAAAGCCAUGAUUAAAUAUUAUGAUUAUUUAGUAGACUAAGAUCUCAUGAAUGAAUUGCUUCUCUAAUUUGAAUUGAAUUGGCAAUAAAAUUAUAGGAUAAAUAUCUAUUGGAUACUUUGCAAUCUAACUCUAGGAGAUAAUAUUGGAGCUAAAUUUCUAUUCGAUACAAAUUUCGACUUUUUAAAAAUACUCUACACUGAUAUUAAGAAUCCUGCUUAUAAUGAAUUUGUUCUUGAAAUCAUACAAAAUUUGUUAGCAGAUGAUGACAUUGAUGUUUUCGAAUAUCUGAUGAGAGAUGAUGAAUUACUUCAAAUGCUUAAUAAAAAUGUCAAUAUCAUAUCAGAAGAAAACUAUAAAAAAUUAUUAGUGCAUAUUUGUGUUAAAAUUGUUGAAUUUAAAUCAUUGUUGAGUAAUUAUUUAGUUGAAACAUUGUGUUAAUUGAUGCCUUAGUAUAUAGCAUUUUAAUGCACUUACAUUCUGACUUCAAGAAUGGAAUUUAGUAAUCAUCAUCUGGUCCUUCAUGCCAUUCGAUAUUUACUAAACAAUGAUGACAAUCUCACGUCUAUAAUCUUAAGGAUUUUACAAGAAAUAACAGAUUCUUAUUUACUCUAUUAAAUAUUGCAAUAAAAAGAAAUACAUAGCUUUAUCUGUAAUUUGUUUUUAACAACAAACAAUUCAAAUUGUAUUAAAUCUCUACUAACUAUAUUUUAUAAUGUAGUCGAAUCAGAAGAGAUAUAAUUUUAUAUCUGUCAGAAGGAAGUCUUAAACUUAAUAAUAAAAUAUUCAUUAAACUUAGAAUACACUGAAAAAUCAUUAAAUGUAUUAGAAUAUCUAAUGCAAGAUGAUAAUUUUUUAUUUGAAUAUCCUGAACUUGUAGAUGAAAAGUAUUAUUGUUCAUAACUUCAUAAUUUAAAUGAUGAAGAUCCAAAUACUUCAAUUGCUAUUUUAAAUUACAUUAAAAGAGUACUAGAAUUUUGGGAUACAAGGAAUGAUGACAAGUAUUUAAAUAUAUUUUCUAAAUACAAAAAUAAGAAAAUUUGCAUAUGUCUUAAAAUAAAAGUCUAUCAAAUUUAGCAAAUUAGUUACUUUUAUGCUAUGAUUGAAUUAUUAUUAUUUUUAUUAAUAUAUAAAUAUUUUGGAAUGUUUAGAACUUUAGAUGAUUUAAAGAAAGGUGAAAAAGAUGAAAAACAAAAGAAAACAAGCAAUUCUUAUGCUGGAGGAGAAAAGAGUGGUCUUUCUGUUGAAAAUCCUGAUGAUAUGGAUUAAAUAAUUAAUAAUGCAAAAUAAGGAGGCACCAGGCCUGAUUAAGAUGAGGAUCCAAAAGAAUGGUGCAAAAUUACUUUAUGGAGUAAUGGAUUUUAAAUUAAUGAUGGUGAAUUCAAAGAUAUCAACGAUCCAGAAAACAAGAAAUUUCUAGCUGAAUUAAGAUAAAAUUAAGUGCCUACAUCCCUGCGAUCUAAAUAUCCAAAAGGAUUGAGCGUCAAAUUGGAAGAUAAAAAAACAGAGAAAUAUGUACCACCACCUCCUCCAAAAUAUGUGGAAUUUAGUGGAUCAGGAGUCAGUUUGGGAUAAUAAUAAUUUGUUUAAUAAUAACAACAAGUUAAAGUAGAUUUGAGCAAAUAAGGAUAAAUACAAAUUGAUCCUAAUCAACCCACAACUAACAUUAUGGUGAGACUCUCCACUGGUAACACAAUUACAUUGACAGUUAAUACUACAACAAGAGUGUCAGCCAUUCAAUAACAUCUUUUAAGAAUGAUGAACUUGCCUCCUCAAAAAUAAAUCUAGUUAAUUUCUGGCUUCCCUCCAAGACCAAUUUAGAAUCUCAACUAAACUGUUGAAGAAGCUGAUUUAUGCGAUUCCUAAAUCACUUAAACUGUUGUUUGAGUUAUUAGAACAAAAAUAUCUAUAGUAUAAUUUAUUUCGUA